AGCGCGGGAGCCCUUUCGCGUUCCCACCCCGCGCUUAGAAAGAGCCAAGCCGGGGAAGAAGGCGGCUUGAAGGACCGGGCAGCGGCGGGAAGGAACGCAAUCCGUCUCCUCCAUCUCUGAUCUACAAUGAGUGCCAAAUCCACUAUCAGCAAAGAGAUUUUCGCUCCGCAUGAUGAAAGAAUGUUGGGAGCAGUCCAAGUAAAAAGGAGAACGAAGAAAAAGAUUCCUUUUUUGGCAACGGGGGGUCAGGGCGAAUAUUUAACUUACAUCUGUUUGUCAGUGACGAACAAGAAACCUGCACAGGCAUCUAUUACAAAAGUCAAACAGUUUGGAGGUUCCGCAUCUUUUGUCCGAAGGUCGCAGUGGACGCUUGAACAACUUCGCCAGGUUAACGGAAUAGACCCUCAUAAGGAUUCCCCAGAAUUUGAUUUACUAUUUGAAAAUGCUUUUGACCAAUGGGUAGCAAGCACAGCCUCUGAAAAAUGUACAUUCUUUCAAAUUCUCCAUCAUACCUGUCAGCGGUACCUUACAGACAAAAAGCCAGAAUUUAUUAAUUGCCAGUCUAAAAUUAUUGGAGGAAAUAGCAUAUUACAUUCGGCUGCAGACAGUGUAACCAGUGCAGUACAGAAGGCAAGUCAAGCUUUGAAUGAGCGUGGUGAAAGGUUAGGUCGAGCAGAGGAAAAGACAGAGGAUAUGAAGAACAGUGCUCAGCAGUUUGCAGAAACUGCACACAAGCUUGCCAUGAAGCACAAGUGCUGAAAAUGCCUACUGUAAAGAUCUUUCCAAGAGGAACUGAAAAGCUAGAUUCAUCAUUUUUUUACUGGAGAUACAACCACAUGUCUGCUUUUUUCUACAGUUCAUUGAAGCCCAGUUAUUCCAGUUACUAUGUAGGAAAUAAGUUGUAUUCCUAUCUUUUUGUAUUGCUAAGCCAUUCUGCACUUUUACCAUAUAUAUUUUUUAUUAUUUAAAAUAAGAGAUGGUGUUAACAUGGAAAUUGGACCAAAGGACAUACUGAACUGCAUUGCUCUUCAACAUCACACUUUUCCCAGUAUUAAGAAAGAAGAAAUAAAACUGCCUACGGGGAAGAUUACCAAAUGAAAAUAAAAUCCAAGGAAUUUGGUUUACAAUUAUCUCUUUGAACAAUUUUUAGAGCUACAUAGUUUAUGCCUUCGAUCACUGAGCAAAACGAAAUGAAUUAUUUGCUAUGAAAAAGCAGCCUUCUCAUUUCUGCCAGUAUUAAUACUCAUAUUUUGCAUGUGCCAUCACCAGCACCACAGUGCAAAUCUGGAUUCGAGAGGUCAACUUGUGGUCAACACUACAUUUUCAAAAUAACUUCUUCUUUUUUA